GAAAAAUAUUUGGCUGCCUUUCUUAUAUUAAUUUCGCCGGUUUCCUUGCGGCAACCCCAACCUGAAUAUCGUCCAUUUCCAACGUCAAUAAACAUGGCGAAAGUUUUGUCUGUUGUGGUCAUCUUGGCCAUUGCUGUGCUUGGCCAGGCCCUCACACCAUCAUCAUUUUUAACCACACAAGAUCAAAGAAGGCUCCAGUCUGUCUUUGAGGCGGCAGCACCAUACACAGAUGCACAGUCAGCUCAGUAUUCUGUUCUGGGUUUGAAAUUGUUGGGUGCUGCAAUUCCAAAUGCUCAAGAUGCCUGUAAGGGGCUCUCAAAAAUUAUUGAUGGAACCAACGUAGCUUCCAUCUACCAUGCCUCAGCAGCUGCUAAGGCCAUUGGAAAUUGCAAGGUGGAUGUACCUGAAUUUAAGAAGACUCUCUCUGAUGCUAUCAAAGAAGAUUCCAGCGUUCAAGAUAUUGCUUUUGCCUUUUUAGCCCAGAAGAAUUUGGGUCUUCCAGCUGAUGAUGCUGCAGUUAGCAAAGCCUUGUUGGCUGCUCUGAAAAACGAUGAUUCACCAGCAAGCCAUGGAUACGCCUUUUUGGCAGCCUCUCAGCUCAAGGGAGACAUCAGCAAGUUUGUGGAUAAUGUCGAAGACGUUAUAGCUCAAGCUGAUGAAGUGGAUGAUAAAUACUUGCAGUUUGAAGGUGGCCUGUUUGUCACAUCUCUCGUCGUGGAUGGAGCUUACAAGCUAGCGGAGAAAACCAAAAAAGCCCCGACAAUUGCUCAGGAUAAAGUGAUCAAGUUUACCAACUACUUUAUGAGCCGCAAGCACGUCCACCAACUGAAGUCUGCCUACUACUUCCUUUCUGUCAUCAAGACUUUGUCCACCAACAACUUCCAUGUGCCUGUGGCUGUGUCUCUGGCUAGUCCUGUGGCUGUUACGCAAGCCGACCCUUCUGUCAAGGUGCGAGUGACUGACCUGAUGGGCGGUAGCUUGGGUGAGAUGACCGUGACUGCCGAGAGCGCCAGACAUCUGGGAGACGACGCUGUGGUGCUCAGCAAGAAACAAUUCUCUGUCGCUGCUUCUGACAAGUCUCUGUUUGAGCUCAACUUCCUGAAUGCCAAACCCGCCAAGGGCUUCUACAAGCUCACCAUCAACGUGGCCCCCAAGAAGGCCGAUGCUCGCCUCAUCGGUACCUCUGGCGCUGAGGUUGAGGUGAAGGUGACCACAAAGAUUUCUGUGGAAAACGUGGAGAUUGGAGUGGCAGACAAGGACCAGACAACCGCUGCCCGCACCACCAAGCUGGUUCACCCCAACAAGGCUGCCAGCGUGCUGGAGGCAGACUACCACCAGAAGGUGAUCAUGAAGUUCCAGCUGAAGGACAAGUCAAGUGGCCAGCUGAUGAAUGCCCACCAGACCUUUGUGAGACUGACUAACCUGAAGACCAAACAAGAGAUCAUCUUCGUCACCGAGUCGGACAACACCUUCACCAACAAGUUUGAUCUGGAUGUCGGUGCCAGCGCCAAAGACUUUGCCUCAGUGUCUGGCAAGUACAGCAUGGAAUUGAUUGUUGGAGACGCCGUCAUCGAGAAUCCUUUCUCCUGGCUGCUGGCUGAUAUUUCCUUGACAUUCCCUGAGGGCGGAGAGGCUAAGGCUGAUGCUCUGAGCCAGUACGCCAAGAAACCAGAAAUCAAGCACAAAUUCAACGUUCCUGAGAAGCGUCCACCUGCAACAGUAUCCAUGGCCUUCACCGCCCUCGUCUUGUCGCCCAUUGCCAUCCUCCUCAUUUUGUGGCUGAGAAUUGGCGUCAAUAUUUCCAAUUUCCCGCUGUCUCUCAGUGCUGUUGGGUUCCAUGUGUGCCUUGGUGCCAUCUUUGGCCUGUACUACUGUUACUGGACCCAGCUGAACAUGUUUGUCACGUUGAGGUAUCUGGGUAUCCUUGCCAUUCCUACUUUCCUCUUCGGCAAUCGUCUGCUUAGUGGUUUAGCUUCAAAAAGGAAGACAGCGUAAGUGUUCAGUUGCGAAUUGUUAGCUGAAUGUGACAGUUCCAGGUGUGGAAACCAGCACAGGUCCACCAGCAGUGACCAACCAGAAAGUGUGUGGGGGAUGGGAGACUGGAGUCUCGGCUCUCUGAGCUGUGGUGGUGACUGAUGACUUGCUACCACUGAUGGGAUCAGAGAUGGGUCUAAUUUUUUUUUUUGGUAUGUCAGUGGCUCUGUGAGAAUGGGUCUGAUUUCUCUUUUUACAUACAUACAUACUUGGACUUGCCUGCCGCAUUGUUGAAUUAUUUUUAAAAUAUUUUUUGAGGUUUUCUAAAUGAAUUGUGAUAGAAAGGGCUUUGUGAAAAAGGUGCCAUUUUUGUCUUCUUUCAAAAUUUUGGCAUAGAAAAAUGUUUUAGCUUACAUUGUCAAAAUUUUAAUGUUGGCAUAUUUUACGACUCCAGCAAUUGAAUAAGGUUGCGCCUACCCCCACAGCUGUCAGAUAUCUUUUCUUUUUCUUUUUAAAAUGAAAAGCGGCAGAUCAAGCCAUGUUUAUUUGUGGAUUGGUGUGCACUUUAUGUGCAGCAUCAUCGUGAACCCUUGUCUUGGAAAAAACUGGUCUACAUCUACUUAGAAAUGUGGGAAAAAAUGUUAUAUCAUCACACUACUGUCCUGUUUUCUUUUCUGUUUUUGGUUUGAGAGAAUGUUUGCGGUUUGUUUAUUAUUGCGUGUUUGGGUAUGUAUGACAAUGUAUUCAGACCAAGAUGGUAUAAGCUUUAGUAGGUGAUUGUUCCUUCAUCAUAAACACAGGGUAGGAGUAUUUUCCACUUUCAUCCAAUACAUCACAAAAAUUUGAAACAGUAUUUUAAAUGGGUGUUAACUUGAUCUUUUAAUGGAGAUAUUCUCUGUGGAGAAACGUUUGAUCUUUUAACUGGAAUGUGGUGCAACUUUUUGUUUGAAAAAUUGCAUUAUAUUUCAAUCCUUGUGUCUAUUGCUUGUUAGUGUUAGCCUGUUUACAUAUCGAUGUACAUUUCAAAAGGAAGACAUUUGGAAGAUGAGAGCUGACUGUCGAGAGUACUUUUUCUGAGAAGGGUGCUGUCAUGUGCGUGAAUGGCUGUGUAUACUUGUAUUUCGUUUUUCUUGUGAAUUGAUGCGUCGUGUAUGAAGACCUGGACCUCUCUGGGGGGGGGGGGGGGGAAAGCCACUGCUGGGAUCUGAAUGGUUUUUGCUACCGCAAGUUUUUUUGUUUUGUUUUUUUAUAUGUAUUUUUGUUGUUUUUAAAAAUUUUGUUCCACGUAUGGCCAUUGUAUUGCACUACACACACUUACAUUUCUGUGUGGAGUUGUUUGUUUGUUUGUUUGUGUGUUCACCGAAGUGAGUGAUAUGCCUGUGUCCUUUCCAUUACAUAAAGCUUUUCAUGUGUAAGAAAAAGGUAUGUGUCUUUUAAUCGUUAUUGUGUUUAGAAUGUUAAUUGUUAAUAACAAUAAAUAAAAAUUAUUUAAAUUCCAAA